AUGAGGUUGGACGUUCCACUUCCUGAUCUGGGUAUUGACUCACUCGUCGCCAUUGAGAUUAAGAACUGGAUCGGGAGAGAAUUUGAAGCGCCGUUGCAGACGUCUCAGGUUCUGGAUGCUACAAGCAUCAUUGCCCUGGCUGACAGCAUCUUGCAAAAGUCCAAGCGCAUCGACAAGAUCAAGACAGACGAUACUACCAAGGCAGUUAGCGAUGCUCCAACCACUAACGGAUCAACCACCAACGGAUCAACCGCCAAUGGUACCGCCACCAACGGGCCGACCAGCAAUGGGGAAGUUCCAGUUCAGAAGUCUACCAAGAGUCAAGAGGUGGUGCAAGUAAGAGGUCGGCCAAAGCACGGCUUUGACUGUUGUGCUGCAUCCGAAGAACUGCCCAUCCUUCCUCUGCUCGAUCUUGACUCUGUUCUAGAUCUCUACUUCGGAGCCAUCAGGCAUCUCCUCACUCCGCCAGAGCUUGAGCACAUGGUUACUUUGCUACAGAGGCUUAGCGAUCCCGGCGGCAUGGGCAGAAAACUCCAUGCCAGACUCAUGGACCGUUUCAAUGACCCGACCAUCGACAACUGGCUCUUCAAGCCAUAUCUUGAAACCAUCUUCACAGGCCGCAACUACCCUGUGUCGCCGUUCAGCACCUUUGCCGGCAGUGAUACGCUCAGCAGGUUCCCCCAUAGACAAGCAGAGAGGGCGGCCAUCAUCUCUCUCGCGGCACUUGAGUUUAAGCAGAAGCUCGAGAGCGGCAGAUUGGAGCCAACAGUCAUCGGAGGACGGCCCCAAUGCAUGUACCUCCAUGAGUGGCUCUUCAACUCUUUCAGGGAGGCUCUUCCGGGAAUUGAUGAGAUGCGCAAGAUGCCGUCCGAGAAUUACAUUGCGGUGCUUAGACGCGGGCACUUGUUCAAGGUCAACCUGACAUAUGAUCAGGGACGGCAUGUUCCGUUUGCGAAACUGGAGUCCACCUUUCAAGCCAUCUUGGAUAAGGUGAAUGAUGAUUCCUGGGUUGGAAUUUUAACAGCAGAUGAACGAGACUCGUGGGCAGAGAUGCGCCAAGCUUUCAAGAACCUGAGCCCGGAUAACAAGCGGUAUCUCGACAUGGUUGAAGGUGCAGCGUUUGUCGUCAGUCUCGAUGACGGCACACCCACCACUCCCUUCGAGCGAAUGAAGUGCUGGCAGCUCAAUGAUGGCUUCAACCGCUGGUUCGACAAGGGUCUCAAGUUUGUCGUCUGCUCCAACGGCAUGUCUGGAUCUGUUGUUGAACACAGCAUGAUCGAUGGCAUGACGGUGAGAGAGCUUUACGACGCCACCAGCUCGGCUAUCCUCACUUAUCGACGCGAUGGCCCAGAUACGCUUGAUUCGCGCAACGGUGUGGAUGAGAUCAAGUUGGAAGAGUACACUUGUCAAUCUUCUCCGACGAUUGAUGAGCGUAUCGCCCAUGUUCGAGCUCGAUAUCUGCAAGAAACCUCCAUCAUCGGCUUCACGACCUGGGAAUGUGUCAACUUUGGUCAAGAGUACCUGCAACUUCACAAAGUGCCCGCCAAAGGAAUCUUUGAGACAAUGGUCCAGCUGGCAUCCAAGUACUUCCUGGGUGAGAACCAUCCUUGCUGGAGUGCCAUCUCCAUGGGUCACGCGCACAAGGGUCGUCCAGAGAUUAUCCAGACAUACACAGCCGAGCUCAAAGCCUUUUGCGAUGCAGCCGAUAAUACUUCCAUCGAAGCUCGGAAGCGACAGACGUUGCUAUUCGCCGCUGCAAGAAGCCACGUCGCCAAUGUCAACCGCGUGCAACAAGGCAAAGGCUACGAACGAACAAUGUCGGCCAUGCAAACCGUUCUCAAAGACGACGAGGCGAUGCCUGAAAUCUACAACGACCCGACAUAUAUUAGCAUGCGGCCCCACUGGCUGAUGACAGGGUCUACAGAUCUCGGAGGUUCUGGAGGUGGCGAGUUUGGCAUGGUCCUGAGGUAUCCUGAUUCAGUGUGGGUUCAGUAUGUUGUUGAUGCUGCUUCGGCCAAGUUUUCGAUCGUUACUGGGAGGGAUAGAACUCAAAGGUUCUGUGAGUGUAUGGAAAGGGCAGCGAGGUUGAUUCACGAGCUGCUCGAGGUGGAGUGA